AUGCCGAACCACUGCUUAGAACCAAACCAGAAUGAGGACCUGGCCUCGGAACGCCGACUCUGUCCGUUCAACACGCUGGAAAUGACCGCCAGAAUUUAUGGAGGCGAAAACUUUGUCAAAAGUCGACAGAAGAUCCAAAAAUACGUCCAAAGCGUCCCAGAACUGCGCGAAUGUUCCAGUGAUUUUUCAUUUUUGAGUCGAUUGGAGACCCUGGAGAGAACGGCCAGAAACGCAGUGGUCCUGAUGAAACACGCACCAAAAAUCUGCGAUCCCAACGAGCCUUUCGAAUUCGAGUAUUUGAGAAAGUAAGCGGAGAUUUUAAACUUUUUUUUUUGACAUUGCUACCAAAAUUAUAUCUUGUUAUUCGAAUUUUCGGCCGUUUUAAUAGUCACCCUUUCUAGGCAAAUUUGUGGAGAUGAUGGCUACCCAUACGGACUUCACAACUCCAUGGUUGUCCCCAUGUUGAAAGUCAACUGCUCCGAGGAACAAAUGAAUUUGUGGCUGCCCAAAGCCCUGAACGGAGAGUUCAUCGGAACCUAUGCGCAAACUGAGAUGGCUCACGGCACAAAUCUCAAGAAACUCGAGACCACAGCCACUUAUGAUCCAGAAACCAAAGAGUUUGUCAUGAACUCCCCAACCAUCAGCUCAGCCAAAUGGAUCCCCGGAAAUCUCGGGAAAUCCUCAAACUUUAUCUUGGUUAUGGCUCAGCUAUGGACUCAAGGAAAGUGUUAUGGCCCACACGCUUUCAUGGUGCAGAUCCGAGACCCCGUCACACACAUGCCAAUGCCGGGAGUGGAGGUGGGAGAUAUUGGACCGAAGAUUGGCAUCAACUCGAAUGACAAUGGUUACCUUCGCCUGCACAACAUCAGAAUCCCGAGGCUCAACAUGCUCAUGGGAAAUUCUCAAGUCACCCCUGAGGGCAAAUUUAUCCCACCAGCACACGCGAAGCUUGCAUAUACCUCGAUGAUGUUUGUAAGAUCAGUUAUGAUCCAUUUGAUGGGUCAAGGAUUGGGUGCAGCGGCUUGUAUUGCCACAAGAUAUGCUUGUGUGAGAAGACAGGGCGAAGUCCUAGAAGGACAAGGAGAAGUGAAGAUUCUGGACUAUCAAACUCAUCAAUACAGAAUUUUACCGCAGAUUUCCCGGGCCUAUGCCUUCAUCUUUGCUGGACAUUACAGUAAAGAUCUGUACUUUAGAGUCAUGGAGGAUGUCAAGAGAAAGGAUGUAAGUGGAAGAAAAUGUUUUUAUUUUGAUGAGUUAGAUGUGUUAUGGCUUUCUAAAUACCUUUUUAAGUAUUUUUGAAUGAUUUACCAUCAAAAUUAAAUCAUUCGAUCUGACUUGCAACCAAAACUUUAACGUAUCACAUUCUAGACUUCCUUGAUGGCCGAUUUGCACGCUCUCAACUCGGGCCUCAAAUCCGUUGUGUCCUGGCAAGCAUCUCAAGGCGUGGAACAAUGCCGCCUCGGUUGUGGAGGACAUGGCUACACCUGUGCUAGCGCCCUCCCUCAAAUUUACGGCCUAGUUGUUGGUGGAUGCACCUACGAGGGAGAGAACUUGGUCAUGUUGUUGCAAUUAGCCAGAUAUCUCAUGAAGUUGGCUCCACAAAUUGUUGCCGGACGUCCCAACGGGAAAAUCAGUGAGAUCGCUCAAUAUCUCUUUGAGAAAAAGCCGACAAAAUCUCGGCUUCAAAAGAACCAAAGCCGCGAAGCUCAGUGGGAAGCCAUCCAAGAGGGCUUCGAACAUGUGGCCAGACGGCUGACUCUUGAAGCCUAUCAACGACUCUCCGAUCUGAAGAAGAACGGAGUUCCUCAUGAAGUCGCCUGGACCAAGGUUGGUCUGGACUUGUCGAGAGCCUCAAAGGCACACACAAGAACUUUCUUGACACGAAUCUUUAUCAACUCCGUGAAGAAUGAGAAGACCUGGUCACUCAAGGAAGUCUUGAGUGAUGUUCUUCAUCUGUACUUGCAUUAUGAGCUUCAAGACUGCAGAGCUGACGUUUUGGAGGACGGGUAUUUGAGGUAAGCAUAGAGUUGCGUAAAAAAUAAAAAAAAACAAUGAAAAAAUAAUUUUUUUUAACAAAAAUUUAUUCUUUCAGCAACCAACAAGCCGAAAUCUCCCGUGAGGAGCUCGCUAAAGCUCUUGAGGCUGUCCGUAAGAACGCUGUGAAUCUUGUUGACGCAUUUGACUUCCAAGACCGCGAGUUGAACUCGCAGCUGGGCCGAAAAGACGGCAAUGUCUACGAGAACUUGUGGAAGUGGGCGCAGAAUUCGGAGGUCAACAAAUAUCAAGUGCUGCCGUUCCAUCAUGAAACAACUGGGAAAAUCAUGAAAGACGCGCAACGGCAGCAUAGUAAAUUGUAA